ACGGGACGGAAACUGCCGCGACACAACAAACAUCAAUCAGCCAAUCUUGGCAAAUCGGUUUGGAUUUCGCGAGUUUUGGGCUUUUAUGGCCGGCGGGUAUAGUUCUGUCAUCUUUAUUUAUCCGACUUUACAAAGGAUAAUUUUGAACUAACAUAAAAUAUUUUGUGUACAAGUGCAAAUCCAGCCAUCGUUUACAACGAAUAAUAACAGCAAUAAUAAUGGAAACACGGUACUAUGAAGGUUGUGGACGGGAAGGACCCAUAAGAUGUAUAUUUCUUGGAGAAUUUCAUGCUGUCGCGGGACCUAAAAUAGCGUGCCAGUUCCCUGAAGAUUUCAUUUCAAAGGAUUUGUUUGAUUCAUUAAGCACAUACAUAAUUCCCAAACCUAUUUUGCAAAAGAAAAACAUAACUUUCAAUGCUCCAGCACACAAGAUAUUGGGCUACCCAAUAUAUCUGAAGAGUCCUAGGUACCCACGAAAUGUGUAUGUUUUCAAUUUGUGCUUUGUCUGCGAUAACUGGUCAAGGACUGUUCAGUAUGAGCCAGUAGUGAAGAAACUUGGAGAACAUCUGAUAACAUUGGAAGAAGAGAGUGCAUUUGUGUCUGGAGGCUCAUCCCGUCUGCCCACCUUCCUUGCGCACCUUCUGUACGACUUGAACACUUACCGCAAGACAACUGUCACAGAGGGGGACACAAUUAUACAUGUAAAGGUGACAGAGAUACGCGAUGACCCAAGCACAGUUAAUGACCAUGAUGUGCCAGUGUUGGUGGCCUCCAUUGGCCUGCCAAGACCUGGCACCUCCAGCAACCCCGGAGAGGAACCAGACUCCACCUCACGUGAAGAUCUCAGGGAUGAGCUGGAAGACCAACUGCCUAUGGAAAUAUAUACAAAUUCUAAUUGGGAUCUUACCACCAAACAGCUUCUGCCGUACAUCAAUGGGUACUACCAUGUGGCUAAGAUUGCCGCUAAAGUGAAUGUGGAGAAAACUCUUGUCAAAGCUUGCAUUCAGAACUUACUCUACUAUGGAGUGGUGAAACUUAUACCUUUGUUGAAAUUCAGCAACAUGUACCGGGCGACCGCUAAAAUAAAUCGCAUCAAAACAGACCUUGAGUUGCAGAAGGCUUGUCUUUCUUUUAUUCAAGUCAAAGGCAGGAGGAAGCCGCGCAUUGAAGAGGUGCUGGUGGUGCUGAGCCUGCUGCAGCAGGGUACCUCGCUGCGCGCUGUCAACGAGCGCUUCCACACCAUCUGCCGCUUCGCGCGCUUCGACGUGCGCAACCUCAUCGUCUUCUCGCAGAUGCACGGCCUCAUACGCUGUCUCAAGAGAUAUCCGACAUACACCCGCGGGCGGUCGCGGUCGACGUCGUUUGGUCCCGAAGUGAAAGCUUUGCAGAAGCUGUUCACUGGGGAGCGGUGCACAGACGAGAUCUGCUGCCUCACCUCCAUCGAUAUCCCCACUCUGGAGACAGUCAUCGAGGAGGACCCAAACGUCGCCGUCAUACUGUGCUAAACGUAUUUUGAAACAUAAUUUGCAAUAUUUAGCAAUAUUAUCAUCACAAAAAGCAAUAAUGAAGCUACUUAUGUAUUGUAUUCUUUGAUAGUUCUAUGAGGCUGUAUGUUAUCGUGAUAAUUGUAGUAAGAUAUAUAUUUAGGAUCGCUAAAGCUUAUCAUUUAUUCUAUUUUUAGAGUACUGUACGUUAUCUAUUUAUAUAUUUAAAUUAAUAUAGGCUUUAGAUUUAGAAAUCAGUGGAAUACUUUACACGUGAGUUUGGUUUUAUUGAUUAUAAAAAUUUUUACAAAAUAAUUCUGUCAUAUUUAUAUAGAAUAUAAGGUGAGGAAUAGAAAAACAAAAAUAGCAUCGCAUUCAAUUGAAAAAACCCGACAUAAGAAAAAAACAUCUAAGUCGUUAAUAUGAAGAGCAUUUUGUUUCACAAUGUUUGCAUCACAUUUUUAAAAUUAAUUAUUUAUUUUUUUCGCUUAUUAUUAAACUUUAUUGGCCAACUAUUAGAUUAGUUAAUAAGUGAAAUAGUUAUAAGUAAUAUUAUAAUAUAAUGAGGUAUAAUGUAAAACUUGGUAUAUGUAUAUCAAUUUUAAUAUCCCACCGUUUGAAUUAACUAAUGUUGAUAUAAUAAUGAUUUUUGUGGCAUUCACGUGCUUUAUAGUAUUAAUUAUUAAUAUAAUAAUGCACUGUCAUUUAUACUAUGACCCAUCAUAAGUGCUUAUAAUGGAUAACAGAUUAGGGGGUAAAAUAUUAUUAGACUAAUUUAGUUUACCCAAUAUAUCGUAAAAGUAUAAAUUUGUGAAUCGGGUAAAUUAAUCACAAAACAUCAUCGUCUGAUUCACUCUUUUCCAUGAAUUAUUUGUAACAAAUUACUUAUAUAUUUAUAUUCUAAUUGCUUUCAUAUAUAUUUUCAUCUUAGUUCUUGUCUUCCAGUAGCUUUUCCAUUAUAUAAAUUUAAUCUAAUAUAUUUUUACAGUUAACAUACGAAAUUUUAACUAAGGUUAUUCCACAAGCCUUCCUAAUACUUAAAAUUACUAUGAAAAUAGCUACUUAAUUUUAAAAGGCUAUAACAUCACUUGUAU